UUUGAGAGGCAGAGAAGACGUCGAAACUAAUACAUUUGGGGUUUCAAGUAACAAGUGACAAAUAAUCUGGAGAUUCCUAGGCUUUUCAGAUGCCAUUUGCAUCCAAUGGUUUUUCUAUUCAACAAUACAUUUGCAUAAGUGGAAAAUGAUGUCUGGCCUGGACCGCAAUUCCCAGCAGGGUGUUGGACCCAGACUUGUUAGUAUUGAGGUUAUGCGGAACCACUCUGAGCUCUUCAGAGCAGAAUGCAAGAGGCUAAUGCUGGAAACUGACAAAGCAUGCAAACGCAUGCAAAAUGAUGACAACAAGCAACUUGAUCAGCGGGUCAGAGACAUCCAGUUUCUGAAGAAGGAGUUGGAGCUGAAGUUGGAGGAGAUUAUUGUGGAGAUUGAUGUCCUCAUAGCGUUGCAGAGCAGAGUGGGGAAAGCCCUGGAGGCCUGCAAAGAGCCUCUGAGAGUCACUUUGGUCUGUCUGGAGGAGAGAAUGAAACGUCUCCCUUCUGAGAGGCUACACGACGAGGUGGACAGAGAGCUGCUGAAGGAAAGGGAGGUUAUUGAGGGAGUGGCUUCUCUUCUGCAGAGAGUAGUAGAGCAGAUCACUGAGCAGAUACGAUUGGACCGAUCUGCCAAGUACCAGCUGGAGCAGGAUCUGAAGGAGAAAUUUGAGGCGCAGUGCAUCGACAACUCCUGUGCCUUAUUGACAACCCAUUCCAUCAACAACCUGCAGAUCACCAAUACUGUUAUGCCGAGCUUGGCAGUGACUCCAAAGCAGUGGGAGAACAUCUCAGAUCUCAUCAUGGCCAAAGCGGAGCAGCAGAAGAUAAACUCUCUGUCCCUACGGGCCCUGGUGGAGUCUCUCCUGGAGCAGACGGCUGCUGACAUGCACAAGCAGGUCCAGGCCACAGCAGCAGCCUUUAAGCGCAACAUUCAUGAGAUCAAGUCUGCCAAGAUCCAGAUGGAGGAUCAACUGGCCAAGAUUCUGUCUGAGUUUGCCAGCCAGCAGAGGAUCAGAGAGGAUCUGCAAGUGGCCAUCGCAGGGAGCGAACACGCUCUGAGUUUGGCCCAGGCCCGGCUGGCUUUGCGGCGCCAGAGGCCUGGCAAAGAGCAGUGCUACGAUCCAGCACAGUCCCAGCUCUUUGCCGAGGUCCAGCAGCUCACCGCUCACAUCAACAAUCUGGUUGGGGCAGCAGCCAAGUCAGAGGAGGAGCAGAGGGCACUGGAUCGCUGCCAGCUGGAGUUGCAGGAAAACAUUGAGAUGAAGGCCAGCUCUCUCUACAUUGACGAGGUCAUCUGUGCCCAGCACAAGGAGCCCAUUAUCAUACAUAACUUCUGAGGCAGUCAGCCACAGGAAAGGUAGAAAGGUCUACUGUACAUAGACCUAGAAAAGUACAUAUACCUUAAUAUAAAGGUCACUUCAAAUUAUAUUUGUGAAUCUAUUUUCUUCAGUUGAUUCACUGUGAGCGCUGUGUGACUUUCUAAAAAAUCCUCAGUAAUGGCUACACUGGUUUCCAAUCUUAAGGGUUUCUCGUGAAAAGCUUGCAUUUGACCGAAUAUACAAUUUUUUUUAUUUUAAAAAUGAGCUGUAUAAAAUAUCUCCAUAUUUCACUCAACGAUUUGUAAUGUGGCAGAAGCUGCCACAAGUAACCAGUGAAAAGAUGACCAGGAGCCAGUUAAACCAGCUCUAAGUAAAGAUUUACACAUCACUUAAUAAUUAAAAUGGGUUGCAUACCACAAGGCAGUUCUUACCCUACGGUUGGAUACGUUAAAAAAAUAAAUAAAUCACAUUUCACAUACAUAACAUUAUGUCAACAAUAACAUUAGCCUAAAUGACAUCGGUCUUCCCAAGUACUCGUUGUCCUGCAUGUUUUAGAUCUAUCCCUGCUCUAACAGCUGAUUCAAAUGAUCAACUCUUCAUGAACUCCUGAUGCUGUUUGAUAACAAGCUGAUCUAAAUCAGCUCUGUUGGAGCAGGGAGAGAUCUAACACAUGCAAGACAAGGGGGACGACUCCAGGGGAGGUUUGGGAUCUAAUUAAAUAUCCAAAUUGUUGCUGGAUUCUUGUUUCAGCUCUAUUCAUAUCUUUAGACAGUACUCUAAUGUAGUCAACCCAUUUAAGUUGACUUUAAAGAAAAGGUUGGCAAAAAUCCUAAUCGAUAAAUAUAAUUAUGCUGAAUUGAAGAGACAAAUAUUCAUCCACAAGUGAAAGUGGACAGCAUGGCAGUUGAUAGCUCAGUUUAUUACACACAUACAAGAUAAAUACUCAAGCACUGUAAUGCUGGACAAACAGGACAUGAUCAUCUAGAUGUACUGAUCCAGACAGAGAUAUGAGGACCUACAGUACAUGUAAAGCUUCAUUAGUCAACAUUAAUCAAAGAAAGUGAGGACAUUGUUGUGCUGCUCAUUGUUCAUUGAAACUAAUAAAAGAGAAAGGUUUUUUUUUUUUUUUCCCCUC